AUGGUGUACUGCACCGUCCCACUCUGCAAGUCGAAGCAAGGAGUGUCGGACUCGAGUAUUUCGUACCACGAAUACCCGUCGGAUGCUGCGUUGCGAGAGAAGUGGCUGCGCAACGUAUCGCGUGGACCAGACCCAGGAACGAAUCAGGCGUUUCUGCCGGCGGACCGCUCCAAAGUAUGCUCUCGUCAUUUCAAACCUGAGGACUUCAUCGUCGGCGCGAAGUGCAAGCGGCUGAGGCGUGAUGCUGUUCCUACGGUAUUUGAGGAGUACCCCACCUAUAAACAACCUGAAGCAAAGCCGGCGAAGAAGUCGUACCACCUGCCGACUGUGUUCAGCUCGUGGAAUCUUCGAGUCUGA